GAUUGGGUAAUUAAGAAAGUGCAUGCUUAUCUCACAAUCUCGCUCUUUUACUAGUUCCGUUUCCCUCAGUCCUUUAGCAAUUCCUGCCAUGAACUCAUUGGCUCUUUUCCCUUCAAACAGAUACAGGAGGGUCACCACUCAAAGAAGAAUAUGGUUGGCACUGGGCCUUUGCUGGCUGGUGUCAUUCCUGGUGGGAUUGACACCCAUGUUUGGCUGGAACAUGAAAAUGACCCCAGGGUACAACAGAAAUGUCACCUACUUUCCAUGCCAAUUCCGUUCCGUUAUGAAGAUGGACUACAUGGUCUACCUCAGCUUCUUCACCUGGAUUUUGAUCCCCCUGAUUGUCAUGUGUGCUAUCUACCUUGACAUCUUCUGUGUCAUCAGGAACAAACUUAAUCAGAAGUUUUCUAGUUCCAAAGAGAUGAGCACAUUUUAUGGACGGGAAUUUAAGACAGCUAGGUCCCUGUUUCUGGUUCUCUUCUUGUUUGCUUUGUCCUGGCUGCCUUUAUCCAUUGUCAACUGUAUUACCUACUUUGGUGGUGAGGUACCACAAAUUCUGCUACACUUGGGCAUCCUGCUGUCCCAUGCUAACUCUAUGAUGAACCCUAUCAUCUAUGCUUGUAAAAUAAAGAAGUUCAAGGAGACCUACCUCUUGAUCUUCAAAGCCUGUGUGAUUUGCCGGUCCUCUGAUUCCUUGGACACAAGCAGUGAGCAGACUUCUGAGUAGUUAUCCAUGGAAGAUUACCUUCGUAUUCAGAUUGACCUUCAGAUUCAACAAACACUUGAGGGCCUAUUCAUCUGGGCCAGGGGAUUUUACAUUCCUUGAUUCCUUCCACUGAGAUGGGGAGCAUUUGGCUGGUUGCCCCUAAUGGUACCUCCCCUACCCUCUUCCUCUAAUGCAAUUUUCUAGAGGCCUGACUUGAAGACAGUGCACUAUUGUUGCUACUGCUUACUGUGUUCUUCCUUCCCGUACAGAAGGAGAAGUCAUGGAGUGUGAAGGAUGCCUCCUUGACUUACCUGCUGGCUGGACAUGUAGUCAGUUCCACUCCAUUGCAGCUUCUGGGAACCCUGCUCUCAGCAGAUGUCCAGGAGAUGUUGGGAGCUC